GUCGCUGUCAGAUUGGGCCAAGGCUACCUACAUGCAUGCAUAUGCACCAGCAACCAUUUGCAUGACCCUCCAGCAAGAGAGCGAGCCCGUCCUCCAACGCACGACCUUUGGCAGCCUGCCCUCUGCCUUUUGCUUCCCCAGACGAAAGGCUCCUACACAAGCCCACCCCCAACAUAUACACACACCACGCAAACACACACACACACACACCUCCCUCCGACAUGCCGACUCCAGCCAAUGCGGCGUCGCCUGAUCAGGGCCCUGUCCGCGCGACGACGCCCGUGCAAGCUGUAGUAGGGAAUGUAGCAGGACCAGGAACAGGAACAUCGCUCGAAGAGAUCCGUGCACAAUACCAGGAGCUGGGCGUCUCGCCUCAGCUCCCCAACAUCCCCGUCAGGAGCAACGCCCAUUCGCCUGCUAUAGCGCCAGCAUCCAGCGAUCAGCGGCCGCUGCACGACAGCGGGUUCAACGUCAACCUCGCUGCCCCCAUCGACCAGCUCGAGCUUCCUGGCCCAGUCGCGCGGGCCAUAGCGCAGGAAGGCGGUGCCAGUAAGGCUUCCGCCAGCGGCACGGGCACCCCUUUGACGCAGACCUCCGCGCUGCCGAGCAACGGUGAUGCCAGCGACGCCGACUCGAGCAUGUUGGACAUGGAUACCCUGCCCAUGACAGAUGCGCAAAAGGCGAGAAUCGUGCAAAGACACUUGGCCAUCACUCCGACGGCCACCAUAUCCGCCAGUGACACGCCUGCGGACGGAACCGCGUCGGAGCGAUCAUCAGCUGCAUUCGACGAUGUGACAACAUCAGCAGGAGAUCAACACCCGCGCGAUCGGUCCUACUUCUCACAGGUCGGUGGCGACCGGAGCCACGUGCAUUUUGGCGAUGGGGCGGCCUCGGGGAACGAGAGCGACCUCUCAUCUGGCGUUGAAGGGUAUCAAGGCCCGCACAGCAUGCAGGGCGGAGCCAUCACAGAUGACAUCUAUCGCUGGGCGCACGCCAACAGGCCGCAGAAGUACAAGCGCGCGCGCUCUGAGUCGCUACACCUGCCGCGUACCAGCACGAUCGACCCGACGCUCGACACCGCCGGGAUCAAGGAGCCGGGUGGGUUCCGCAGAUACUUUGUGCAUGCACAGGCGACGGAGCAGGGGCGGCCUAAACCCAGAGCACUUCGAAGUUUCAUCGAUUUCCUCAGCCUGUACGGCCACUUUGCCGGCGAGGACCUGGAUGAGCUUGAUGAGGACGAGUACGACGAAGAGGAGGGAGAAGAUGGAGAGGAUCUCGAGCGGACCAUUCCUGGCUCGAGCAGGGAGGCUGGGAGAGGAACGACAGAAGGCGCGCCGCUUCUCGCCGCCCGCUCGCGCAGCGGCCGCGGCCGCGGUAGACGCAUGGAGCGUAACAGCAUCGAGCAGCGUAUCCGCGAUCCAAGCGCCAACAAGACACCCGGCGAGGCGACGGUGACUGAGGCGGUGCUGAUGUUGCUCAAGUCAUUUGUCGGCACGGGCAUCCUCUUCCUCGGAAAGGCCUUCUUCAACGGUGGGCUGUUCUUCUCGAUCAUCGUCCUCACCGCGAUCGCGAUGAUCUCGCUGGUUUCGUUCCUGCUGCUCGUCAAGGCGAACCUCAAGGUGCCCGCGUCGUUCGGCGAGAUGGGCGGCGUACUGUACGGGCCGUACAUGCGCCUUGCCAUCCUCGCCUCGAUCGUCCUCUCGCAGCUCGGCUUUGUCGCGGCGUACACGGUGUUCGUCGCGCAGAACUUGCAGGCGUUCAUCCUCGCGGUGACGCACUGCCAGACAAAGGUGCCGAUCGUAUAUCUGAUCAUUGCCGAGUUGCUCGCGUUCCUGCCGCUCUCGCUUGUCCGGCGCAUCGCCAAGCUGAGCUCGACGGCGCUGAUCGCGGAUGUUUUCAUCCUCUUCGGCAUCGUCUACCUCUUCCAGCACGAGAUCGGCCUGCUGGCCACACGCGGGUUGGCGGACGUGAAGAUGUUCAAUUCACACGACUUCCCCCUGCUGAUCGGCACGGCCGUCUUCACGUUCGAAGGGAUCGGCCUCGUCAUACCCAUUACGGAGAGCAUGAAGGAGCCCGAACGCUUCCCCGGCGUCCUCUCCGGCGUCAUGGUCGGCAUUACCUUCCUCUUUGGCGCGGCGGGCGCGCUGGGCUACGCCGCGUUCGGCAGCAAGGUCCAAACGGUCGUUAUCACCAACCUACCGCAGGAGCGCAAGUUUGUGCAGGCCAUGCAGUUCCUGUAUAGCCUCGCCAUUCUGCUCUCCACACCCCUGCAGCUCUUCCCCGCCCUCAGCAUCCUCGAGCGCGGCGUCUUUACCACCAAGAGUGGCAAGUACGACUGGCGCGUCAAGACGCAGAAGAACGUCUUCCGCUGCCUUGUCGUCGUCGCCAGCGCGCUCGUUGCAUGGGCCGGUGCUUCGGAUCUGGACAAGUUCGUCUCGCUGAUAGGCUCGACGGCGUGUGUGCCGCUGUGCUUCAUCUACCCGCCCUUGCUGCACCUCAAGGCGUGCGCGACAAAGGUGCGGACCAAGGUGUUGGACUACAUGUUGCUCAUGUUUGGGGUCGUGUGCGUCCUGUUUGCCGGCAGCCAGACGAUCGUCGCGAUGGCUGCGCCUGGCAGCCCGCCAGAUCAGACGACAUGCACUCUGCCCCCACCCGGGUUUUGAUGCUUCGAGCAGCAGCUGGCGAAUUAUGAGGGAGGGCGAAAACACACCAGGGGACAAGUUCGACAUGGACUAUGGGGGGUUUGGACUAAGUGGCGGAAACCGCAGACCGCUGCCCUGCGAGUCCCACGGGGGGGAGGGAGAUCAACAGUAAAGCAAAGAAACGACGAAACCAUUCGCAGCUUGUACAGCUGCGCCAUGUGCACUCCAUCGCGCUCGAUCAGUGUAUUGAAAACUAC